AUGCCACCAGGUCUUUUCAGGUACAUGAUAAGGAAUCCAUUCAUUCAUGUCUUAAGGAAACCAAGAUCAACUUUUCCUCGUCAGCAGGUCGUGCGAUUUCUUGCAAUGAAGCGGACGGCGACCGCCGCGAGCCUCACAUCAGGGGCCCGCGGUACCAAGAAGCCACGUCCGGCAGUUCCUGAAUAUCAUCUUACAUUUUCAGUAAAGGGUGAAGAUGGAACCAUCGUGUGGCCGGCGCCGCAAGAUAAGAUGGAUGCCGCGAGGAACUUCAUCCGCGAAUGCGUCGCGGCCGGCAAGCCAACACUAAUAGUCCCUGAUAAAGAUGCAGACGGCCUCACUUCCGGUGUCAUUCUUCAUCGGACUCUUGUCCUGCUCGGCCUCGAUCCCAGUCUCAUAUCAGCAUACCUCCCUUCAAAGGGAACCAACAUCCACGACCCUUCGUCCCGUGAAGGGAUGUCAGCUCACAAACCGUCAUACAUAUUCGUUUUAGAUCAAGGAUCGCGCUCUUCACCGCCCCUGAUUGACGCACCACACCGCGGUAUAGUCAUAGAUCAUCAUCACGCCCUCGAGAAUGACCAUCCCAAGGACUCACUCCACGUCACGGCAUGCGACUCUCCUCCCGUGGCAACCAGCUCCUUACUUACCUACCUCAUCUGCCGGGACCUGCACGACGGAGUCGAAGAAGCAUGCGAUUGGCUCUGCGUGAUGGGAACACACGGAGACCUCGGCAACACAUUGAAAUGGGAACCCCCGUUCCCGGAUAUGAAGCCGACAUUUAAAAAGUACACCAAGAAAGCCCUCAACGACGCGGUCUCCCUUAUUAAUGCUCCGCGGAGGACUUCCAAGUACGACGUGCCCGGCGCGUGGGCCGCCCUCCUCGCAUCAAACUCCCCCAAAGAACUUCUCUCCAACCGGACUUUACUGGCCGCGAGGGCGGAGGUCAACGCAGAAGUAGAACGAUGCACCCAUACACCGCCAAAGUUCUCAUCCGACGGCCGGGUGGCCGUGUUCCGGAUCAACUCGCAGGCGCAGGUUCAUCCCGUGAUUGCCACGCGCUGGGCAGGCCAUUUGUCGUCGUCGAAGCUUGAAGUGGUGCUAGUUGCCAACGAGGGGUAUCUCCCAGACAUGGUGAACUUUUCGUGCCGCAUACCACGUUCUGCCCGCGCCAAAGACCCGCCGGUCAACAUCAUAGAGGUGCUUAAGGGCGUUGCCGCGAGUGCGGAAGAUCCGACGCUAAGAGAGAGAUUAGGGACCUCGUUCGCUAGGGGUCACAAGGAGGCGAGCGGGGGCAUCGUGCCAAAGGCCGAGUUUGAGGAGUUGAUGGCGGCUAUGGAAGUUGGGAAGAAGGUUGAGCGCGAAUCACCAAAGAAAGCAAAGGAAAAGCCGGGACAGGCGAAUACUUUGUUGAAUUACUUUGGGAAAGGCUAG